UUUUACUUUGGUAUUUGAUGCUUUCCCCGAAUAGAAUAUGCUGUCUGAAAUGGCGGUAACCGCCUUGUCUCCAUAGUUGCUUCCAUUUCCUGUAUAAAAUCUGCCUUCCUUCCUACGCUCCGUAUUAUGUUCCAGAUCUGAGCUUUUGUAUAGCAGUAUUUAGUAGGAGUAAUUGUUUUGGUUAUGGCUCCACCAAUUGAAAUUCCAAGCAAAUCUCCUGCCGUCCAGAAGGCCUCACGUGCGCCUCUGCCUCUUAAUGAAAGGAUACUCUCUUCCAUGACGAGGAAAACUGCUGCUGCUCAUCCCUGGCAUGAACUUGAGAUAGGACCCGGAGCACCAAUUAUCUUCAACUGUGUGGUUGAAAUAAGUAAAGGAAGUAAGGUGAAAUAUGAACUUGACAAGAAAACAGGCCUAAUCAAGGUUGAUCGUGUUCUUUACUCAUCAGUUGUGUACCCCCACAACUACGGCUUCGUCCCUCGCACUCUCUGCGAAGACAAUGACCCUAUCGAUGUAUUGGUGAUUAUGCAGGAACCUGUCCUUCCAGGCUGCUUUCUCAGGGCCAAAGCAAUAGGUCUUAUGCCCAUGAUUGAUCAGGGUGAGAAAGAUGACAAGAUAAUUGCUGUGUGUGCUGACGAUCCUGAGUAUCGGCAUUACACAGACAUUAGUGAGCUUCCGCCUCACCGAUUGGCUGAAAUUCGCCGCUUCUUUGAAGACUACAAGAAAAAUGAAAAUAAGGACGUUGCAGUCGAUGACUUUCUUCCCGCCACGGUAGCUUAUGAAGCAGUCCAAUCUUCCAUGGAUCUAUAUGCAGAGUAUAUAGUGGAGAGCUUAAGGCGGUAGUUUUCCACAAGCAAUGAUGUAUACUUGAUAAGAUUGCAACACUUCUAUACAGUAUAAGAUGAUGACGAAUAAUAUUUUAAUUGAUCGAAUAGGAUAGCUUAUUUGUUACUUACUCCAUGUAAAAUGGGAUUGGCCUGAUUCAUUAUUCCCUUUCUUCAUCUGUAUACGACCUUACUAUUUCUAUGGUUAUUCCAUUUCUUCCUGCA